UGGAGUGGGAGGUGGAGGAGGCGGUGGAGAGGGCAGUGGGUGGGACCAUACCGGGUGUUAGCGUGUGUGUGUGGAGGUGGCGGUGGCGGAGUGGGUGGAGUCGGCGUGCGGGGGUCGCGGGGGGGCGGGGCAGGAGCACGGCCGCUGGUUGGCUGGGCGGGCGGGCCUGGGUGUCGGUGGCCAGCCGAGUGAGGGUCGGGCAACAGCAGAGUCCCCAGUUUGUCGUGAACAGGUGGCAGAGCACAGCCGCGCACAGCCCCUCCCUGCCCGGCGAGAGAGAGAAAAAGAAAGAGAGAAAAGAAGCUCGAGCGAGAGGAAUUGAUGCUGCGAGGAUAAAGCCACGAUAGCACCGAGCCACCUGAAGGAGAGGCUCCACCCUGCCCUGCCCGCCGGCGACACAGAGCUAAGCGUCGCCGAGUUAUCACGAGGCAGAGAUCGCCGCGAGGCUGGCCGGGCGCCGUGAGCAGUGGUCCCUGGCGUGUGUGGCCGCGGGUGGCGUGUGUGUGUGUCCCUGCGAGUGUGGCGGCUCAAGGUCAGCAGUGUCGUCAUUGGCUCGGGGGGCCUAGGCGGCAGCAGCGAGGAGAGAGGGAGAGGCAGUGAGAGUGAGUGAGUGGGUGUGGUGCAGCAGGGCGUCGUGGCGGGGGCGGCAGCAGGGGUCAGGCAGCCAACGUUUGGGGGCGUGAGCCGGGCCGCCAUCAGUCAUCGGGCGCGGCGAGGCGUGGCGGCGGGACGAGUCAUCGGCAGCAGCUCUCAUCACCUACUGAGCGCUGUCGUCUGCUCCCGCUCGGCGUGGCGCCCCUCUCCCUCACCUGCCCUCCCUCCACUCUCCUCCCGCGCUCCUCUCUCCCUCGCCUACAUCGCCCCACUCUCACUCUCACCUCGUGCGCAUCCUACUGACGUAAGCACUGACCGAGUGGGAGAGUCCCAGAGAGAGGUGGGGAGAGAGAGUGAGAGAGAGGGACAAGAAGUCAGACAUGUGUAGUAGUGACGGAGGUGUGCGGGCCCGACACAUAUAGCCGCCUCGCCGCCCCGUCAGGAGCAGUCCUCGCCGGGCCUCCUGCCGUUGCUGAGUGAGGCGCUCCGGCCCGCCGCGUGUGUUGUGGCGUGCUGUGUCGCCCUGGACUCUGCCGUAGCCCUUACCGCCCCAUGACGGGAUAACUUAGCCACUCUGCGGCCACACGAGACUCAGCCGCCCUCCAGUGUCCACCCAGGCCUCCCCGUGGCUCCCAACACUCGCCCUCAGUGCCCCCCGGGAGCCUGGGGCCCCGCACUGGGAGGGCUGGAGCCCCAAGGUGCCUCCCUCGCCAGGACCACGGGGUUCCUCAGCACCUUCCUCUCCCUCAACCACCGCUUACAGCUGGGCCAAACGACGCCAGCUACCAUACCUUUACCAGGGUCUGAGCCAAGUGCUAGAUUAAAGGAGUGUCCCUGGCCGGCUGCUUUACGUCCGCGACGAUGAGACGAGGCGGGGGCAGCCGGGUCCCACCCUCGGCACCCGCCCGAGGGCGCGCCCACGUCCACCCUCUCCUACGCCCACGAUGAUCAGCGGUGAGCAUGGCACACUCACUGCCAGUACUGCCCAUCACGACCACUCGUCCGCUCUGCGUAAGAGGAAGCGGCUCAGCCAAGUGGUGCUGGAGCUGACCUCGCAGGCCGAGCGACGCUCCCCCGACGACAGGCCCGCCCAGGAGUCCUGCCCUAGGGACAACCCCCCCCAGGACAAGCCCCCAGACCCCGUGCCCGAGUCGGCACAGGUGGACAGAAAACCCAUGUUCAGCAGACAGCCUGAAGAUGGAUCUCAGGGGCCAGGCCAGGAGCAAGGGGAGGAGCCGGGACUCAGCCCUGGCCUCAGCCCUGGCCCCGGCCUCAGUCCUGUGCCCGGCCACAGUCCGGUUACUGGCCACAGUCCAGUCACCGGCCACAGUCCAAUUGCCGGCCGCAGCCCAGUUCCAGGCCACAGCCCAGUGCCUGGACACAGCCCAGUGCCAGGCCACAGCCCAGUGCCAGGCCACAGCCCCGGUGUCAGCCCGGGGCUCAGUCCAAGAGUUACUGUUCAAGAUGAGUCAGGAGAAGAAGCCAUGAAAGUGGACACGCCGCCUUCACCCAAGGAAGGGCCAGGGGAGGCCGGAGCGGGCGUGCACCCCCAGGAGGGGCCGCAGCGCUCUCCCGGUGUCAUCCAAGUCCACAGAUCAGCCGACGCCCCCGCCGGCGGCGGCAGCAGUACCAGCAGCAGCACCAGCAGUAGCUGUGGCAGCGCCGGCCCGGCUCGGUCUCCUCGCAAUGUCCAGAGUGACGUAUUUCGCUUCGACUCGGUGGACCGCGAGCGGUACCACUGCCGCGCCAUCAGCGAGGAGGACGAGGAGGUGUUCUCCCCGGGCCCCCCUAUACACUCCCCCCACGCCAGAGACUCCCCAGCCCUGCCCAGGGUCAACGCGGAUUCACCGAAGCUUUCCUUCAGCCCUCUAAGGAUCAAGGACCCCAGCAUAGACGAAGAGGAUCUCGACCUGGACAUAAAGUCCCAGUCGUCCAGCGACCUUCCUCUGUCCAGCAGCGUGAUCCGCGGCGUCCUGCCCAAGCUGAGUGUCGUCCGCAGCGACGCCGGGGAGAGCAUCACCCACUACCCGCCCUGCUCCUGCCACUUCUGUGCCCUCACUGCCAGAGACCCUCACCGCUUAGGGCCGUCAGGCCUCCCGCACUCACCCAUAUCUCCCCUCACACCCACGUCCCCUCACACGCCCAUCUCCCCGUCACCCGGACACAACGUAGAACACUACUUCCCCCCCACCGUGCACCUUCCUGACCUCUACCGUCGCCGUUCGCACUCAGACUCGGAUCUUCAGCUAUGGUUUGACCAGAAGGGUCGCCAAAGCGAGGCCGCGGCAGCUACCGGCGGCGGCCACAGCGCCGCGGGGCCGUCCGGAGAGCAGCCCUCCACCCGCCAGUCCGUGUUACGCACCAGCCGCCCCAUCCCACAGCCCCUCUACUUCCCUCGCAAAGGCGGCUCCCUCGAGUCCGACAACUCCUCUCCACAAGACUCCCCGCUGGACCUGUCUGUGAAGACCACCGGAAGCCUCAAGACAGGCAGCACCUCCAGCACGGACAGCCUGGUGCUGCCCGGCACGGUGUCCCUUUCCUCCCCUCACUCCCCGCUGCUGGCGGCGCCCAAAGACUCCACUCCCCCACCCCGCUCCCCCGAGGCACCCGAGUACCGCACUACAUCCCAGUCCCUGUUGCCCGUGCCCAUCGUCAAGGGCGAUGUGGCCUCCUUCAGCACCAAAGACAGCGUGGCGCUGCGCUAUCACCUGGAGGUGUCCCCCGUGGUGGAGGAGAUGCCCGCCGGCGCGGACGUGGCCUUCGUGUGUCCUGUGUGCGGCCAGAUGUUCUCUCUGCACGACCGGCUGGCCAAGCACAUGGCCUCGCGUCACAAGAACAAGCAGCCGGACAAUUCCAGCAAGACAUACAUGUGUGACAUGUGUAAGCGCUCCUUCGCACGCUCCGACAUGCUGACCAGACACAUGCGGCUCCACACGGGCCACAAGCCAUACACCUGCCGCAUCUGCGGCCAGGUGUUCUCCCGCUCCGACCACCUGUCCACACACCAGCGCACCCACACAGGGGAGAAGCCGUACAAGUGUCCGCAGUGUCCCUACGCGGCAUGCCGGCGGGACAUGAUCACCCGCCACAUGAGGACCCACGCCCGCUACGAGCUGCACGAGUCAUCGUCCAUGGAGGAGGGCGGCGAGGUGGCCCGCCCCAGCCUGCCAGUCCGCUCCCUCUCUGAGGAGAACCCCGCCCCCGGCCCCCUGCUGGACCUUCCUCCUUCGUUAGGGGGUGGGCAGGUCCACACCCCGCAGGGCUCUCCGCUUCCGCUGUCCCCAGGGCCUCACGUGACCUCCGGCGGGGCCCAGAAUCCCCCCGGUGCCAUAGCGGGGAUGGGGAUGGGCAGUCCGGGCCUGCUGGCGAGGCUGCCGCCGCAGCUUCAGCGACCCAGAAAACAAGAGGAAGAUUGAAGGGCCAAACACGACAUGUCUGGUCCAUGUGUUUUUGCCUCGUAGAGGUUUGUCUCCAGCUGGAGGUCGUCCCUCCUUGGCAGGGAGGCCAGAGUCCCGCGAGGUGUUCUGGUGUUGUUUGUGUGGCGUUGGCGACCCGCCGCGCCGCCGUGGCCACGGCCAGCCCGUCGCCUGGCGCGACCUGGGUCUGGUUUGUCCCUGUCUGUCUGUCUCCCUGGCUGCCUGACGCGGCUGCCCGGCCCCGCACUGCUCCUUCUCCCGCCAGUGUUGGCUGGGGCCGGGGCAGGCCGGGGCCGGGCAAGCGUGUUGUGCCAGCACGCGGGUGUCUCAGUGUCAGUGGUCACGUGUUGUGUCGUGUGUGUGCCACGGGGGCGUCUCGGGCGGCGGGUCUGCCGGAGGUGGGCCCCUGGGGGGAGGGGAGGGUUUACCCCACCCCUGCUGGAGCAGCCCCAUCGCAGGUGGGAGAGGAAGGUUUCGGGGCUGCUGCUCCGCCCCCCACCACUAACCCCCCACACACAGUCUCUCGGUGUGAAGGUGUUGCCGCGCGCCGGGCCCGGGCGUCCUGUGCUCCAGGGGCGCCGUGCCGCUGGCGGGCGGCCGUGCCCCCGCCAGCAGGGAGGGCGCCACUGGUCUAGCUAUGGUACCUGCUAAUUUAAUAAAUACUUAUAUUACGUUACUGUAAGGUGAGCGCCCUGGGCAGGAGGGCGCCGGAGCCGGCGGGCGGCAGGCCGGUGUUUCCACGGUGCUGGUUUGCGGCACCCUCUCCCCCCGCUGUGUGGCGGCUGCGGCGAGCCACAGUCGGUCAGUAAGGCUCAAGCCGUCCAGGACUGCAGGUGCGCCGUGCUGCGGCGCGGGGCCUCAACUGGCCGCGUCCUGCUGCACGGCGGGCCGCUGGCUCGUCGCCGCUGCCACUCGGUGCUGGGCUGAGGUGCCGCGGGCAGGGCCGUGGAGGGCCGGCCGUUGCAUCUUUAUGUACCAUCAAGCGGUGGUCAUGUUGAUAUUCCUGAACGUUCUGUUCUCCUCAGUUCCCGCCUGUAGUGUGGUGGCCAAGUCUUGUCACUGGGUAGAGGCGCUUUGCCUACCAGAUAUUCACCAUAAUAUAUUUUGAUGUCUUUCUUUUCCACAUCGUCUGAGCCACGUCCUUAGAUCACCGCGACCACCACGCUGCCGCACGCUGGGCCCGGGGCGCCGCUCCCCGGGCCGCCUCACUACCACGCCGGCGGACCGUCCGCCGCACCGGGGACACUGCCGCCAGUGGCCCCGAACUCACCAUCUGCUCCUCGAUGAAAGACUCUCGCUCUGUAUUUAUUGUAUAUUGUGUUCUUGGACAGAGUGGUCAUAUUUUGUUCCGUAAGAAAACUUGACCGUAUACUUUAAUUAUGUUUAAGAAGGAUAAUUUGUAUUAAUGAGUUGACGAGGUGACAAAGACGAGCUUCUAAAACCCUUCCUUUAUUCACUUCCUUCGGGGCCGCUGCUCCCUCCCUCCCUUCCUCUCACGCGGCCGCGGCGGCCCUUCCUUGCCCUCCCCGUCCUUCCCGCCGGCGCGCCUGGUGUUGCUCCGCGCCUCACACCUCGGGCGCGAGUCUUGGGGACGCGCAACAAAACCUCACCUAGAAGACUAGACUUAAUUCUCCUGACCGAGAGACUGCUGUCUCCAGACCAGAAUGACGAAUUGAUAUUUGUGCGUCACGAAAACUUGAGUGUGAACACCGGGCAGCUGGCGGGGCGAGGCGGGGCGGGGCCUGACCCACGCGCGGUUUCUCAUACUGUUUCUGUCCCUUUCCUCCUCCUCCUCCUCCUUUCCUCCUCCUCCUCCUCCUUUCCUCCUCCUCCUCCUCCUCCUCCUCCUCCUCCUCCUCCUUUGUUGCUCCCCUCCACACCCCUUCAGCAGUGUCCUGUGUUGGCUUUGGUCCCUGACAAACUCACUGCUCAUGUGCCAAAAUACGAGGCCAGUUUCUUCCUUUUUAUUUAAUAGUCUCUCUCUCUCUCUCUCUCUCUCUCUCUCUCUCUCUCUCUCUCUCUCUCUCUCUCUCUCUCUCUCUCUCUCUCUCUCUCUCUCUCUCUCUCUCUCUCUCUCUCUCUCUCUCUCUCGUUUGUCCCUUCCAAUCAGCUGCCUCUCAUUUGUACAUACGUCAUCGUCCUGUGAAGCUUCGUGUCUGUCGGUUUACCUGUUACCUGUGACUUGAUUACCUGCCAAUCCUUUACUAGAGUUAGUUCUCAUUUGACAUUUAUUUUCAUAAGUAUAUGUUAAACUUAUUUAUGUGGAUUGUACAUAUUAUUACUAUUAUUGUAAUUAUAAUUACUAGUACUUUUAUAAUUAACUGUUCUUUAUUAUAACGAUUUUGUUUAUUUAUUGUUUUUAACACAAACACUCCCGUGAAAAAGACAUGCAUUCUUGUCAUAGCGAGAAGUUAAGUGUUAAGGUAAAGGUGCUCUUAGGUCUAGAAGGGCUCGGGUCAUGGUGUGGCAAAAGGCCUAAGAAGCAGACGUUGGAUAGCACAGUCUUCUGCCGCCAGGCCAGGCACCCUCGCCAAGCCACCACCACCACCACCACCACCGCCACCACCGCCAAGCCGACAUAUCGAGGGCAGGUUACAUUUACGCUGAGAUAUCCGGGACGAAGUGAACACGUUAACCCAAAGAGGAAGGAAGCAAGCGUUGGCCUUACGUGACACGACGAAGCGAAGGAACAAGACGGACGACGGAGGUGCCUCGACGCGGGCACGGGAGGCGAGGCGGUGUCCGGUGGUGCUUCAGUGGUGCCUCCUGGCGGGGGUGUCAGACCCGGCGGUGCGUCUCCUCCACUUGUGAUAGCUGACAGCCUCUUGACAGCCCCUUCCCCCACUACCCCCCUCACCCUCACCCGCACCCUCACCAUCCCACCCCUACCCUCUCCGUCACCCCAAAAGCAUUGCUCGUUCUUUGAUCAUUUUUCAAGGCGUCAGGUGGUUUUUUUUUCUAUCUGCCAGCAACUAGAGUAUUUUUGUUUUUUGAGCUGGUCCAAAUGUCGGUUUUUCAACUUUUUCUUUGUAUACUCAUCACGUGCCAUUUUUCAUCUUCGCCCAGUGGAAGGCGCGGGGGGUUGGCGGCGCUGGCCCUUUACCGGGUCCCGGGUCAAGUAACGGUUCAUCGGUGUGAUUAUCAUUAUUUAUAUUUUUUAAUCACUUACUACUACUACGAAUACUAUUUCCCACUCUACUACUACUACUACUACUACUACUACUAUUCCCAUUAAGCUUAAAAACAUUAUUUAUUUGAUUUCCAUGACUUCCUACUUUUCUUAACUGACAAAAUCAUCAAGUCGCCGCCCUGCCAAGACGUCACCCGAGGACCAGGGCCGCCAAUCCCCCCCCGUGUACAUUGUUCAGUCGAGGCUCCAACAACCUGCUCGAAGCACCGAGACGCAGCGGGGGGGCGCGGCGUCGGCUCGCCGCGCCGCGAGGGAGGUGCUGGAGUGCCCGAGGGCGAGCAGCGGGUGUCGCCGCGCACCACAAGGUUGUGUCGGGGUGUUUAGGCCGCGUGAAGCGGGAGUCGAACUGGUCUUGGAGCUAGGAUUGUUGAUUUGGUUUAAUAAUUGUUCCUGAAUAAGUAUUGUAGAAAAGCAGACUAGCCCAAGCGUGUGCCCGUCAAAGCGCUUGUGACUACACGAUAAUUUACUUAACAUCUUUAAAGAUAUACUUUAUCUUGCAUGCACGCAACGUUUCAAACUUAAUUUGUUUACAAUAUCAAUCAGCCAAUUCCUUGAAUAUCUGUCUGACGGAAAAGUCAUUAUCCUUAGCUCCACUGGUUCGAAUCCCUUUCCCCGCGGCUCGAACACCGCAUCUGAAGCGGUUGUGACUCAUCGUAACUUUCCUCCUGCUCGUCGUGUUCAGGUGUCCGUCUCCGCCUCACUGCCUCCCAGCCUCUGCUCGAGAAAACGACGAAAAACAAACAAAAAAACACGUAAGCUCUCGCGCGUCCCCUCGAGGGAAGCUUCGAGUGUGUGUCGGUCUCAGCUGUGUCUCCCUCAUCCAAUCACAAGGCUCAAAGUGUACGACGUAACUCAUGACGUCACGGGCGUUCCUCGUGUCCGCUGCUGUUAGUGUAGAUUGUUACUUUACUUGUUUAUAUAUAAAAAUGACAAGAAAUUCUAAUAUAUAUUCUUACUCUGAAGGCUAAGAUGCCCAAUUUCUGGUUUGGCCCCGUAUUCAUGUCAUAUAUUUAUUUUCUGAAACAGCUGCAGUAGUGAACCUUUGUUACUUUCAUGGGGUAAUAGAUUGUGAUAUGUCAAAACUUUUUGGAACUGGAUAUACAUAUAUAUAUAUAUAUAUAUAUAUAUAUAUAUAUAUAUAUAUAUAUAUAUAUAUAUAUAUAUAUAUAUAUAUAUAUAUAUAUAUUUGCAUAUUUGCUUGAUGUGAAUAAAAUAUAUAAUAAAUAAAUAAUCGAUGACACUGAUUGGUUUGAGCGCGAAAGUUUCCAUGUAUGUCUUCGCCUUGUCUGGCCCUCAACGCGAGUCUUGAGGCCGCGACCCAGCACCCAAACCCUUGAACCAGUACAACUGUGCUUCAGCCUUUAUUAAAGUUAUCGACGAGUGAAUGUACACACACACACACACACACACACAUGGCUGUUCAGACAUACCUUUCCUGGUGUUACGAAUCGCGGGGCUUCAUCUCAGUCGCGGGAGUUGUUGGUUCGUAUUCACUUAUUCAAAUCAGUUCAAAACGCCGCCAGUGACCCUCCCACCUCCCUUAGCAAGCCCAGGAUGUGUGUACAUAAUAUACAUAAAUAAAAAUAAAAUAAACAUAUACAUAUAUAUAUAGGUCAAGAGUUUCCAUAAUUAGACGUUCAAAAGUACCACCGUACGUGUUACCUGUCCCCUGAAGCCCGUUAAGCACACACCUGCUCCACCACGAUGAACCGACAACUAACUAGGUCAUUAUAUUUUUGUCAGACCCUGUCAUCUGCGAGGGACUUAAUCUCCUGUUUACCCAAAAGCGCUUCACAUUCACCAAACUUGCGAGUAAAGGACAAUACAUAAUAAUAAUAAUCGUAAUCAUAAUACUAAUUAAUAAUCGAUAUUAAAACAAAGCUUCAUGUCAGCUGCUUCAUUGCUUCUUUCACUUUCAGAUGAGAUUCAGUGCCCGGAUAUUCAAGUCAUUCGAUAUAUUGUUAUUUUCCACCGCCACAACCACCACCACCCUCUGCUCGUCUGUCGGGUGUCGUAGACCAACCGUAGGAGUGGCGGGCGCCUCGCCGGGACCGCCUUGGCUGUAGCGAAAUUAUUGUAACAUCCAGACGAACGUAAGAACAUAAUCCUUCUUUGUCGAAAGAAAUCCUGGCAUAAGGGACACAAAGGUUUGUGUUUUUUUUUUUUUGUGUGUGAAUUUGGCGUAGCCUUUUCAAAUUUAGACAUUGUUGAUGUAUUGAUCUUAGUUUUGGGUGCGUUACACAAGCCAGCACCGAAAAAGAAAGUUAUUGUCACGCCGCGAGUGUUGUUCAUUAUAAAUCAGCCGCCUAGACCAGAGUUAUAAGUAAUGGGUUGUAAAAAAAUAAAAAAAUCCGAGCGUCAAGCAAGCCUCGCCCCCGCGGUCACCUGCCCCGACGCUUCACUGCUCCAUCCCGGCCGAGGUGUUUCACUUCACGUAGCUUCCAAAUUUUUUUUUUAUUAAAUUAUCCUUUUGAAAAAAUAAAACACUCCCCUGAAACGUUACCAACGCUUACAUAAACAUUUGUCCAAUUAUUUUCACUCUUCCAUUACUCUGUGUUGUGUUCCUCCGCCCCUCGAGGCCAAGGAGUGUCUGCCGGUCAGCUGUUGAGAUAUGUUAAGGUGCAGCCUCGCCCAGCCCUCCACGAGUUGGAUCUUGGUGCACGACGACUCCUGGCCGUCCUGGGGAUGACUAUCAGUGACGACUUUUUUUUUUACAUACUUUCACGAUACAAUGUACAUGUUCUACCAUUGUGGCUGUUUAUUAUUAUUACCGUUUGUAAUUAAAUUAUUUGUGUGGUGAUAUUUUACACCUGAUAUCAUGUUUACGAGCAGUUUUUAAGUACACUUCUCAUACGCCUUUAUUUCUCGAACUGUGACAUUGACGGCGCGUUCGACAAUUGGCCGGGAGGCGUACGACGUCCCCGGCGGAGAGAUUGUCGAGCGCGUCACACUGAGACAUGAAGAGCAGUUUUUGGGUCCAUUUAAGCCCCAACCAUCAUAUUACAAAGUAAAAAAGAAAAAAAAAUCAACCUGACGCCCAAAUAUAUUUCAGAUCACGAGUCCACAGCAAACUCACAUUUCGAGUAUUUUUUUCGAUCUGCUUAACCGUCUCACGAGAGUCUGGUCAGCGCGAUGCUAAAGCCGCGGAGAUGUUGUCUUAACGGUGCCGUCGGGUCCGUGUGGCCCCGACGCCCUGCUGUACCGAUGCCUCAAAACUGCUGCUUCAGGUCCUCGUUCUUGCUCAACGUGCGUGGCUGCCGUGUGGACCAGACCAGAGCCGGCAGGGCGGGAGGGGGGGACGCAGCAGGCGCGCCCCCACUCCCCCCGAAGGCCCCCACCAACCCCCCACAACACCCCCUUCACUCACCAAAAUGGAAAUUCACCCCACGCCCCGCCUCCGCUGCUCCCCAUUGGCGCCGGGAGCCACCCCGCAGCUCGUCCACACGGCACGACCCUCGCCCCAAAGUGUUUCACCGAACACAAAGUUUUAUGUCCGCGGCGACGACGGAAUCGGGAAGACUUAGAGUAAAUAAAUGAGUCAAUAAAUGCCAAUGUAACUAACUGUAAUGCUAGUAACCCUUGAUUCGCCACCUACUAAUGAGUCAAAACUAAACAAAAUGUAAUGGGUCAGUGUUUUUAUUCUUUUGUUCAUAGAUCAUAGUCACUGCCUUUGAAUGCUGGCUGCAGCGCCACCAAGCAUGGCUGCAGGCCGAAGGAGGGGAGGACGAAGAGUGUUGUUCAUGUUUAGCUUAAUGAGUGUUCUCCGUGAGUGUAUUGUUAGUGUUCUCUUUCGUUGGGCCAAUCAUGUCCCCGAUCUGGCGAAUGUCCCAAAGUCGCGAGUGUUCCCGGUCCGUGGCGGCGUCGGACACUGUACCCAACCUGUCCCGCGCGUAAGACACGAAAAAAGCAAAAAAAAAAAAAAAAAAAAAAAAAAAAUCACUCUAGAGCUUUGAAUAGUUCCAAAUAUAUUUUGAAUAAACAUGGGAUUUUUGUCACA